CUCCGGCCGCAGGUAGCAGAGGCAAGGCAGGCGGCGCGCGGGACCCGAGCGGAGCGCCCGGGGAGGGACUGACGGACACGCGGACAGACGGAUACCCCCGCGCCCCCGGACCUUAGCAACGGUACGCGCGGGCCAUGUGGGGACCCGGGGUCACGGCCGAGGGCCUGUCGGUGGCGCCGGCGCCGCCACCGCUGCUGCCGCUGCUGCUACUGCUGGCGCUGGCGCUGGUGGCGCCCUCGCGGGGCGGCGGAGGCUGCGCGGAGCUGGCGUGCGGCGAGCGGGAGCGCUGCUGCGACGCGGCCAACGCCACCGCGGUGCGCUGCUGCAAGCUGCCGCUGCACGCUUUCCUCGACAACGUGGGCUGGUUCGUCCGCAAGCUCUCCGGGCUGCUCAUCCUGCUGGUGCUCUUCGCCAUCGGCUACUUCUUGCAGCGCAUCAUCUGCCCCAGCCCACGCAGGUACCCGCGCGGGCAGGCGCGGCCGGGGCCACCGGGGGGCGCCGGGCAGCCGGGGGCCGCGGGGCCGCCCGACGACGGCGACGACGACUCGCCCGCGCUGCUGCGGGACGAGGCGGCCGCCGGCUCUCAAGACUCGCUGCUGGACAGUGGAGGCGGUGGCCGGGGCCGGGCAGGCGGCGGGCGCUCGGCCCCUUCCUGCGCCUCGGAGCACGAGCUGCGCGUAGUCUCGCCGGUCUUCCUGCAGCUGCCCAGCUACGAGGAGGUCAAGUACCUGCCAACCUACGAGGAGUCCAUGCGGCUGCAGCAGUUCAGUCCCGGGGAGGUCGUGUUGCCCGUGUCGGUGCUCGGCCGCCCGCGAGGUGGAGGCGCCGGGCAGUCCGACGGCGGCGGCGAGGGCCGCUUCCCGCUCAUCUGAGCGCCCGGGGCCUCGCGAGGACCACGCGGACAGAACCAGGCCGGGGGCUACGGGUGGGACGCAAGGCCGGGGUGGCCGCGGCGGCCGCCGCCGCCAGUUGUCUCAGAC